AUGUUCGGGGCAAAACUGGCUGCCGGGUUUGCGGGCGAGGGCGCAGUGCUUGUCGUCGAGCCGUUGACUACAGGCGUGCCCGACGCAGUACGAUCCUCCUCUGUGGACCGGACUGCCGCACCCUUCCAGCGCGCAAGUGUGCUCCUUGCAAAGGGCACCGAUUUGGACCAGCCCCGUGGCAGUCGGAGCCGCUUACGGGCUGCCCUCGUAGCCGGUACGCUUGCUGCACGGAUCCCACAGGCAGGUGUGCUCGGUGCAGUACUUGCCCCUCACCUCGACGGCCUGGUAGCACCGGGGCGCGGCGCAAGUAUGUUCGUCGCAGGCCUCGCUGUUGCUCUUGAUCUUGCGGACGCUCGUGCACCCGCCGACGAACCGGCAGACGUGGUCUCGGCACGCUAUCGCGGCGCCGGAUUCGACGGCUUGGUUGCAGGGGAGGCGGCCGGACCAUUGGCAGGAGUGCUCGCUGCAGUAGGGCCUCUUGAGUCGGCGAGACCUCGGGCACUCUUGGGCCUGGCAGGUGUGAUCUUCGCAGGCGUCUCCGAGAACUACGGAAAACGAGAGGUUGAACCUUGGUUAGGAAAAGUCUAA